AUGAUGCCUCCGCAGACCCCCCGGUCCAAGUCUACCAGAUCAGGGAGCAAUUUGACUCCCUCCUUUACGUUUGGCUUGGGGUUGCUGCCCUCAUUCAAGUUUGCAUCUCCCCGCAACAUGUCCUUGUUGAGCUCGCUCUCGCCUCAUCGCUUCUUCAACCGCCUCUCGAAGGGCAAAUCGGACUUGGAGCACAACAUGGAUCUUCCUGGCGAAUUGUCCCAACCAAUCGAACAUAUCCACAACAACAGAGACUCUUUUGAUCUUUCGUCGCCCAAAGCCAAGAACGCACUCAUUGAUGACAUUACCGAUGGCAAAUCUGGCUUUGAUGUCGACUCAACAGCAGAUCUGAUCUGUACCGCCACAUCGGUAGACCUCUGGUCGUUGGCCAACGACACACAGACGCAGAACGCCACCAUGAACUUGACGUCGAUCCACGAAGAGGCAUCCAACAACAAGGGUUCAGAGUUAUUCCUUUCCCCAGAUGAGCUUUUCCUUCAGGAUCCAGCGACCUUGCAACCAAAAGAAGCACAGCUCCUGUCUUCACCCAUCGAGAACGAUACAAAGAAGCCGCUAGCUUCGCGUAAACGAAAACUUUCAGACGCUCCAGAAUCCCCUUGCAAACUACUAGCCUCGCAGAUUGACAACUACGGUUCUCCUGUGACUCCGGCAACAUUCUCCGAUGUCACAGAAAAGUCAUCCAGCAAGAUCUGGACGCCCCAGUUGGAUGCAGCAUUAGCUUCCUGUUAUGCUAAAUACCUCCACUUCAAGGAGCAACAGCCUUCUGAAGCACUGGCUUUGAAACAUGCAUCGCAGAACAAAGUCUUGUCACGAAUGCUCUUCAAUAAGACUGGCAUCGAACGGACACCAAAGCAGGUCUCUUCUCGCUUGUUUCGCAUCAAUAAGAACCGCUCGGCAAGGUCUGCGUGUUCUGAAAUGGAUGUGCAAUCCACUGUGCAACUGAUUUCCAAUGUGCCAACCAUCGUGUCUUCUCCACUCGAAGACAUCCUGCUUUCUCCUCCCAACAUAGUAUCUCCCGACUUAGCCAUGGAGGAAUUUAACAUGUCCUUCAUUUACAAAUCCCAGAUUCAAGGCGAGCAUAGCUUCUCUAAGCUUGUACCCACCGAUCCCGGCAGCAUGAGUGUUCCAAAUAUAAUGGAUAUUAAGAAGUUUCUUCUGAUCGAAAACUCGGUCUUUUCUUCUGAUUUCGACAGUAUUUCCUCAAAAUUAUCGUCUCAACGUGUGCCUGUCUACUCAAUGACAAGUCAGAUUAACUUCAGGCCUAAUGAAGAUGCAACUUCUACUCCAGCAUCUCCUUCUACAAAUCCUAAGCUGUUUUCAAUCGAGAAUGGGAAGUUUCUGUGUCACUUGAAAAUGAAGGUUGCUCAACGCGUUUCGAACGAUGACUUUCUUUCCUGGAAAUCUUUCAUCACUCUUUACAAAGACACCAAUAAUGUUCUCCUUAGAUCCAGAGAACAGAUUAAUGGUUAUAAGACACAAGAUGGAUCAUUUGAACUCCAUGUUCCGUUCCUUAAUAAUUUCUGGGCUGGGUACUUAACUUUCUUGAGCAAUGGCUCAAAUGCAUUUGAUGAUCUCAAGGACAUCAAAAUCGUCCAAGUUAUAUAUAAUGGCGACGACGAUUCCUUCGGAACCAUCCAUGGUUACCUCACCUAUCGGUUUGACAUUGCAAGAAUGAAUCAAGGUAAUACAACUUGUAGUUGUAUUAGGUUACAGUCAAGUCCAGAUUUCAAUGUUGAUGACAACGAGACAGUGUUGGCUUCUUCGUCACCAGCAAAGCCACCUUCUUCAAAAGCUAACUUGUCUGUCGACACAGAGUUGGCUAAUAUGAACACCACUCCUGGGCCAAUGAGCAUUCCAACAUACAAUGCUUCCUUAUUGCAUAAAUUCAAUCCGAAUUACCAACAGCCCGACCCAAGGCAUCUUCUUUCAAUGAGACUGGUAUCUUCAUCAGCUAUAUACCAUCUGGAUGUUUCAUAUCAGAAGUCUCCGGAUGCCAUGAAUACACCCGCGAGUAUGUCCACACUGGGAGGUCGUCAUCAAUCUGCUGGCCAGAUUAUGCCCCAUCUUCCCCAUGAUGCGAUUCCCUUGGAACAGCAUCCAAUUCCUCCACCUUCUUUCCAGGCUGGCAUACCAAAUGGUCAAUUUCAGGCCCCCAUUUCGCAGCCACCUCAACAAGCUAUGUCACAUAAUCAGUUUCCGGUUCAUUAUGCGCAAGGUAUGCAUAUGAUGCCAAUAGGACAUGGUGAAGUUCCAAAAGAGAACAUGAGAUUCGAGCCUAUGGGCAAACCAAUGAAUGUCCCAGUGGCUCCACCUAUGCUGGGAGGACUAGUACCUCCUCAGCAAUGGGGAAUGAUGUAUCACGGGACAGAGCCGUUUGGACAACAGCCCAUCAACUCUGCACCUGCUUCUCAGGUUCAAUUCUUCCCCAAAAACUCUGCUCCAAUGGCAAUCGAUCACAAAAAUAUGACUAAAUCCGGGCCCACCAUCACGUUUGGCCCGAUCCUAGGCUACGAUCCUUCGAAAGACAUGAAGGAGCAUUCAAAGAAGCACAAGUCCACAAUCAAUUUCCACAAGUUCCUUCAGAACCCCCAGGUUAUGUACAAGCCCAAGAAGAAGUGA